AUGAGGUCAUCAGGCUGGCUGGAGUGUUUCGGCGGAGUAGCCUGCCCAUCCGACCACCCAGCUACCCCACGAACCACCAUCCAUCGACAUGGCCAUCAGGAAGGAUACCAAACCAAGCCCAACAGCAUGGCGGCAGUUCACCUUCUUCCACUCCUACCCGCUCCACUCCUCAUCAGACUCGGAAACCCACCCGAACUGCUCAGCCAGCCGCACUCAAUUGCUGCCAUCGAGGCCGGAUUCAACUCCACCAUCCUCGCCCAUCUCGACGGCCGGAUCUCCCUGCUCGACCCCUCCAUUGACCUGCUCCGCUCCUGGCCUGCCUUCCCCGGUGGCAGAACCCUGCUCGUCAUACCAACCUCAAUCAAGGAUGUACUCAUAUCAAUAGGCGAAGAAGCCAGUAACAGUGUCCCCAUCCUCAAGAUCUGGAACCUGCGUCACGGGGAUAAUCAAUCUUCUGCACCUCAACUACUUGGUUUCUCAAAAAUCCAAAACGGGAAUUGCCCUCAUCCAGUAACAACCUGGCACCCUCUCUCAACCUGUCUUAUCUUGCCGUUGGCUUGGCCGAUGGUACCUCGCCCGCCUCCUGUGCUACCCAAACCAAAGAUAAUCUAUACCUCCCCAGAACCAAUCACCGGGCUGGCCUUCCGAUCACCCAAACCAAGCGCCAGCCAACCAUACUUCUCCAACCCGGAUUUGCCAGAGCCUGCUCUGAAGCCGUCCAGCACCCAUCGCCACGCAUGUCUCUUUAUUGUCACGACUGCCAAAGUGCUCUGUUUUUUUUUUACCUUGGGUCAUGGCGCUGGCUCUGGUGCAGAGUUGAUUGUGAUGGAUGAUCUGGGCGGCUCGAUAGGCCGCAGCGAGAUGAUGGACAACGGGGACCUGUUCCUGGCCGACGACUCGGCCUUGUACGUCUAUGGCCCCGAGGGCCGGGGCGCCUGUCUGGCCUACGAGGGCCCCAAGGCGAGGCUCAACAGUCGCGGCCACUACCUCGUCAUCACCUCCCCCCAAGCUCAGCCUGCCUCAAAAACAAUGUCGAACAGACCAGAGUCAUCGUCUUUGAUCUCCAAAAUUGUUUCAUCACUUAUAAUGCUUUGUUCCGUGGUACUGUCUUACAUAUAUAGGCCGAGUGGGGGGAGCUUUAUGUACUCACUUCAGCUGCUGAGGUUACUAGACUAG